AUCCUUCCUUUCCUGUCUCGACUGGUCUGUCUGACUGGGUGCAAUAGGAUUUGUAUGCUCCAGAUUGCAGCCAACGACGAAGCUAGGAAUAUCCAAGUAUGAUGCAGUGUGCCAUCUCGUGUUUAUGCGGGAGUCUUGCACAGGAUGUCAGUCUGGAGCAGUCUACAGAUCAUUCAACCCUGAACCUCUGCCACUGCACCGCCUGUCGCACGACUACAGGCAUGCUGUGCUCUGCAUACCAUCCCCUACAAGCAAGGCCACAGAACUUGGACAGCAUGCACGAGUACCAGCAGUCCGAGGAUAUAGUUCGGUAUUUCUGUAAAACCUGCGGCGCCCAUGCCCUGGCGUAUUCGAGGCCCUCGGAACGAUAUUUCGUGGCAGCCGGGUUGCUGGUGGACAAUGCGAACUCGCCUCGGACUCGAUCGGUGCGGCAUUGGCGGGCUUCUGAAACGCGCGAUGGUGGCCUGGUUUCUUUCCUCGAGGGGGAGCCUGCAACCAUGGCCGCGACAUGCUGGCUUCGUGCUCACUCCAAUAGUGAUAGUGAUAGAAGCUGCUCGGAGGCGAAGGCGGAUAUCGAGCGCUCGCCGCAGGACUCCACGGAACUGCGAGGGCAGUGUCACUGCGCAGGUAUCGAAUUCUACGUUACUCGACCGGACGCUUCCUCCACGGAGGCAAGCUCUCCAUGGUCGGAUCUACUUGUUCCGUACUAUGCCAAUUCGUCGGAAAACCCUGCCGAUGUGAAGUGGUGGCUACGGAAUGCGAACACCAGGUAUCUAGCUGGGACCUGCGCCUGUCCGUCCUGUCGUCUGGCCAGCGGGUGUCCAAUUCAACCAUGGGCGUUCAUCCCAAACGCCAAUCUUCUCGAUGCCCGCAAAGCACCGUUCCAAUUCGGUGCAGGCACCAUGCAGCGGUUUGAAAGUAGUCCGGGCGUUUAUCGAGAGUUUUGCAGCCGCUGUGGAGCCUCGGUCUUCUGGCAUAGCGAUGAAAGACCCUUGUUGAUGGAUGUCAGCGUCGGAUUGCUUCAUGCAGAUGAGGGGUCGCGAGCAAGCCAAUGGCUAGAGUGGGCGACCUCGAGAGUUAGUUUUGCUGAGAUGGCUUUGGACAAGACUUUGAUCGACCGGCUACAGACAGGUCUUAGACAGUGCGGACCCGAAGAUUGACUGAUAGCCAGUCUACUGGAGCGGGGGGGGUAAGCUGUAGGUGGUUGAUAGCCAGGUUAAAGACUAUAAAUAA